AUGACAACUCAAUCGGAUGUAUUGGCCUCAAUCCAGGCCAAUUUGCAACAAGCGAUGGAACGGAAAAGGCCAAAAGAACAAACAGUAAAAUUUGAACUUGAUGGCCAAGUCCGCGCAUGUUGUUUACAAAAACCAUUUAAUUAUUCUGACCUACUUAAAUCUAUUGACGAUCUAUUUGGUGGUAACACAUCAACAUCGAUCGAUAGAAUUCUAUGUUUAUUUUCACGCGAUGAUGCUCUGCGUUUACCCAUAGGCAAUGAUGAUGAUUUAAGUAAAGUUGCCGCUAUUGCUGAAAUCAAUCAAGCAACUAAACUUAAUUUUUUAUUAAUACGAAAAAAAGACUUCAGUAGUUCUCAAAUACAAUCAACUAUGAAUUCCUAUGAUUGCGGUCCAAUGUCCGAUGAUGGACAUUCAAAUGAACUUCACGAUACCAGUCUAGAUUCGCCACCACCUGGUACCAUAGCACCGCAAAAACGACGUACAACAAUCAAGACAACAUGCAAAUCGGCAACAUCAAAAGACGGAGGAAUUUUCAUACCAGAAUCGAGUGAUGAAGUGUAUUCAAGUGGAAGUUCAUCAGUCGUUAGUCGAGAAUCCAGUAGUAGUGAAAAUAGUACACGACGACGUUUACCACCUAGUUAUCUAGUAAAACGAGCAACAACAGGAUCGACUGUGAGUGGUGCUAGUGCGAUGAGUUCAUGUAGCAAUUCGUCUCAUACAAGUUCAAGUUCAAGUGAAUCUAUUUGUACGCAAUGUUCUUGUUCUGGUCAUCAUUUUCGAUCUCCUCAAACACCUUCCAAUUGGAAAUUAGGCCGACAACUAGGACAAGGUGCAUUUGGUAAAGUUUUUCUUUGCUACGAUGUUGAUACUGGUAGUGAGUUAGCAAUCAAGCAAAUUCCUAUACGUGGACUCAGUUUAGAAACAUCUCGAGAAGUCAAAAUCCUUGAAUGCGAGAUCAAUAUAUAUAAACAAUUAAAUCAUGAACGAAUUGUUCGAUAUCAUGGUGCUGUGAGAACAGAAGAUUGUUUGCAAAUAUUUAUGGAAUAUAUGACUGGUGGAUCAGUGCGUGAACAAAUAUUAAAUUAUGGUGCACUAACGGAGCCAUUAGCAAAAAAAUAUACGAGACAAAUACUUGAAGGUCUGAUCUAUUUACAUAAAAAUCGGUUUAUUCAUCGAGACAUAAAAUGUGCGAAUAUCUUGCGAGAUAUCUCAGGUAAUAUUAAGUUAGCUGAUUUUGGUACAUCAAGACGGUUGAUUGCUAUUACGAAUCAGAAUCAACCGGAUUCGGGAACUAUUGGUACAGCUCAUUGGACAGCACCAGAAAUAAUUCAAGGAAGCAUAUUUGGACGUAAAGCAGAUAUUUGGAGUCUCGGUUGUACCAUUGUUGAAAUGUUAACAACGGGUCCACCAUGGCAAAAUCUUCAACCCAUAGCUGCGAUAUUUCAUAUAGCUACUUGUGAUAAACCAGAAUAUCAACUACCGGAAAAUGUAUCGAGCUGUGCUAGAGAAUUCAUUGAUGCAUGUCUAACAAAAGAUUAUCAUCAACGGCCAACAGCGGACGAUUUGAUUAAUCAUCCAUUUCUAAGCGAUGUUUAUAAUCACAAUCAUCAUCAUCACGAGCAAACUUGCAAUCAAACGUCAACAAAUCUCACACUAAUAUCGUUCUAA